AUGGCCAAGAGCCUGCGCUCUAAGGUUAAACGGCACUUCCGACUCCUGCGGCGGGAUGUGGUGAAUGCACAUGACAACCAGCUGUCAAAGGAGGAGCAGCGUCAAGCAGCUAUGGAUGCAGCGGCGGCCGCACCGCCGGUGCCGACACGGAAGGCUCCCUCCCCUUCCGGUGAAGAAGGCGCUGAGGAGGUGGCCCAGGGCAUGGAUAUCGACUCCAGCAACCUCUCAACCCUCCCAGAGGUGACCCCGCAGAAUAGUGCCAAGAUCCUGAAGAAGCUGCGGGCCCAGCGGCUGGCUGCAACAAAGGGCGUGCAGGCGUCCAGCAAGAAGAAGAAGGCUACCGGCGCCCUGGUCGCGGCCACCCGGUCGAACAAGAGCAAGUCCAAGAAGCGCCGCUGA